AAUUUUUUUUUUCUUCAUAUAAUUCAAAUAUUUCAUAAAAUUCAAUCAAAUGUGUGAACGUACUACCUGUGAUACCUGUAAGAAGCCUACUUGGGCUGGCUGUGGUCAACAUAUCGAACAAGCAUUAGAAGAUGUCCCUAAAGAAGAAAGAUGCGUUUGUCCUGGUAUUUUUGCCCGUUUGAAGAGUUGGAUUGGACUCUAAACUACUACCAAACAUACCUUCGCUUAAUAAUCACAAUAAUAAAGACAUCUAAUUUAUAUAAUAUGU